UCAAACAUAAUGACAUUUUCUUCCUCAAAUAACAAGAUUGAUUUAUAUUAUAAAAGAAAAAUGUUAUUCUUUGUGUUUGUUCUUCUUGAUAUUUUAUCAUAACUUUUACAUGAAAAUUAUCAUUUUUUGAAAACAUUUGAGGAAGAAAAUGUCAUUAUGUUUGAUCUUUGAAUAAUGUAGGUAAUAAAGACAAAUCGAUAAAUAUUUACACAGUGGAAAAUCAAAUAAAAAGCAUGGCUGCCAUCAUCGAAACAGCACUACAUUGGUCAGAUAUAUUAGUUUUAUUACUCUACUUUUUGCUCAUUCUCGGCUUUGGAAUUUGGGUAAGAGAGAUUAAAGAAAGUUCAUUUUAUUCUUUGAUUGUCCUUAGAGUUCAUGCAAGAAUCGUGGCAGUGUCGGUAAGAAAUAGUUAUAUUCUUUUUUUUUUAUUCCCCAAGGAUUUGAUAUUUUUCCAUUCAGGUGGAUAUUUUCUUGCUGGUCGUUCAAUGAAUUUUAUACUAGUAAAAUGUGUUGAAACAAUUCUUCUCGAUUUCAUUCAAUCUUCUAGGUGGGUGCGUCCUUAUUUGCAUCAAACAUUGGCAGUGGUCAUUUCAUCGGUCUUAGUGGAUCCGGUGCCUCAAGCGGCAUUGCUAUUGCUGAUUUUGAAAUAGGCGUAAGAAAAGAAUACUUUUGUAUCAAGAACAUCUUCUAUAUAAUAGGCAGUUCAUUGGCUGAUGGUACUUGGUUGGUUAUUCGUUCCAGUUUAUAUGAAAGCAGAGGUAUUCACGAUGCCACAAUAUAUAAAAAUGCGUUACGGUGGUGAACGCAUUCGAGUUUAUUUAACAUGUCUUGCACUAAUGUUAUCCAUCUUUACAAAAAUAUCUGUUGAUCUCUAUUCCGGUGCUAUUUUCCUUCAACAAGCUUUAAAUUGGAAUCUGUAUGCCUCAGUUAUUGCUCUGAUUCUGCUCGCUGCAUUCUUCACUGUUGGUGCAGUUAUUUGGACGGAUUUUAUACAAACAGUGAUUAUGGUUGUAUCAGCUUUUAUUUUGAUGAUUAUUAGUUUCGUCAGAGUUGGUGGUAUACAACAAAUUCGCAAUCUGUUUCCGUAUGCACUUGCGUAUACAACAUUACAUAAUACUACUGAAUGUGGUGUACCGAAUGAAUAUUAUUUCUCAUUGAUUCGUCCAUUUGAUGCUGAUUUACCAUGGUUUGGGAUACUGUUUGGACACGGAGUUUUGUGUAUUUGGUAUUGGUGUUCUGAUCAAGUGAAUCGAAAGAGAGAAAGAUGA